UUCCGCGUGCCGGAGGAGCGCCGAAGAAGAUCUCCACCCCUCGGUGCGCGCGCGCGCCACUCUUUUCUUUCCAGGUGAUAGCGGCUGAGCGAUGGAGCUCAAAUCGGAGCUGCUCAAGUCCAUCUGGUACGCGUUCACCUCGCUGGAAGCGGAGCACAGCGGCAAGGUGUCCAAGUCGCAGCUGAAGGUUCUUUCGCACAACCUGUACACAGCCUUGAACAUCCCACAUGACCCCGUUGCGCUGGAGGAGCACUUCCGGGACGAUGACGAAGGGCCCGUGUCCAACCAAGGCUACAUGCCCUACCUCAACAACUACAUCCUGGCCAAGGCUAAAGAGGGCACUUUUGACAAAGAGAAAUUUGACAGCCUGUGCUGGAUGAUGACAGCGAAGAAGAACUUCAAGGAAGGGACCAAGGAGAGUGUGUGCUCAUGGCAAGAUGGCUUCAGGCUCUUCUGUCUCUUCAAUCUGCUGUCAGAAGAUCGCUACCCCCUUGUUAUGAUCCCGGCCGAGGUGGAGUACCUAAUGAAGAAGAUCUCCACAGCCAUGAACCAGGAGUGGGAUGGGAAGUUGCUGGAGGACCUCAUCUCACAGAAUCCCUCUUACAAGCAGGGUCUGUCCUUCUGGCUGUUCCUGGAGCUCGUGAGCACAGGCAGGCUGCUACGAAUCACCAACGUUUAUGCAUUCAGCCUGGCUUUGAACGAGGUCUUCCAAGAGAUGUACCACAAUGUCCUCAAAAAGGGUUACAUGUGGAAAAAGGGGCAUGUGCGCAGAAACUGGACUGAGCGCUGGUUUGUUCUGAAGCCCUCCAACAUCUCCUACUAUGUCAGUGAGGACCUCAAGGAGAAGAAGGGAGAUAUCCCCCUGGAUAAAAACUGUGUGGUGGAGAACCUCCCUGAGAAGGAGGGGAGACGCUGUCUAUUCUGCGUGAAGACGCCCACCAGAACAUAUGAGAUCAGUGCCUCGGACCAGAAACAGAGGGUGGAGUGGAUCCAAGCCAUACAGAUCGCAACGCGCCUCCAGGACAAGGGGAAGACCUCAUUGCACCAGGACCUGAAGCUGCAUAGACGAGAGCAAAGGGGAAGAAGCUGCCACAGCCAAGAGGGGCCACGCAGCACCCAGGAGCAGCAGAUUGAGAGCAUCAUCCAGCAUCAGAGGGAGUUGGAGGCCCAGCGCCGACAGCAAGAGGAGCAGGAGAAGGAGCACCAGAAGGAGGUGCAGAGAGAGUUAGAGAGACAGCUGGAGGAGGCUGAAAAGGCCAAAAACAACAUGGUAGAAGAGCUGACCCUGAAAGAGAAGGAGGCUGAGCGGCAGCGCCAGAGGAUCCAGGAGUUGGAGAUGAUACAACAGAAGCUGGAGGCAGCACUGACAGCUGAGAUCCAGGCCAGGGUGGAGGAGGAGAAGGCACGGCUAGAGCAAGAACAGCUGCUGCAGCAGGAAGAAGAGAAAGUGAAGCAACUCAAAAGGCUGCAGGAGGAGCAGGAGGCCCUUCUGCAAAAGAACAAGCCAGAGGGAGACAUUGUGUUGGAGUCAUCUGCCCUUCAUGUGGCUUCCCAGGAACUGCAGACCUUGAGGGAGACAAGGGAAAGGAGUCACCAGCACUUGGAGGAGGCCCAGAAAAAGCUUCAGACAGCCACCAGCUAUGUGAAGCACUGGAACGUGCAGCUGAACCGUCUCAUGAGGCCCAUCAAUCCUGGAGAGCGGUUUCAGCAACAGCGGCAAGUGAAGAAGAUCCAAUGUACUGGAGAAACUGCAUUCAGUAGCCAGGAGUUCAUCUCCAGAUGGCAUCCUGGUACCAGUCAAGAGUCAGAUCAGCCUGGUAGUCAGUCAUCUGUUGAGGAGGAGGAAGAAGUUUCGGAGCAGCUAAAGGCUGCUGGUCUAUCGGACGAGGAUGGAACACAAACCCAAGACAAUGGACAAAAUUACUAGAAUAAGUGCUUAUUGUGGCAAACAGAACACAUUUUUGGCAUUCCAGCCUCAUUAAGACAAGUGAUGUAUGGUUUUGACAGUUGGCGAUUUUUUUUAAAUUGUGUGGCUUCAUUUCCAGAAGAACAAAAAACACUAUAAUCUUUGUCACU